UUCUUCUAACUUGCUGUUCAACGUUUAUCUCAGUUUAAGUUUUUUUUGUUUUUUUUUUCUGCAACGAAGUUUAAUUUUGUUUACGUUAAUAUUGAAUGAAAAUAACGAUAAUCAUUAGAGCUUAGAACAAAAUUAUACUUUGUGCUAUGCAGAAAGAAGUUGAAAAAUGUUUACAAAGGCAAGCAGAGGCCAUUUCUCCGAAUCAGUCCGAAGAAAGCUUUGGUAAUAAAGGUCAAGAAUUUAAAUACACCAAUUGCGGUUUUUGUCAAGGCAUUAUACCAAAAUACUAUGUGCAAAGAAAUGGUGCUGUUACACAUUGCUCAAAAAUAUGUUCUGAAAUGACUAAAAUAAUGAAAAAUGAAAGUCCUCAUUCAUUAAGAAAUAGCAGUGACCCUCAAAACAAAGAAAAGUUCUCCCAAAGACAUUGGAGCUUUUACAAAGAAGUACUGAAAGAAAGAGCAGCACCUACAUUUGCAUUCUCUCAGCUGACAGAGCCAGUUGCUAGCCUUGAACCUGGUAUGAAGCUUGAAUCUUUGGAUAUAAAUAACCCAGUAAACUAUUGUGUUGCCACUGUCAUUCAAGUACUUGGUCAUAGGCUCAAAAUUCGAUAUGAUGGUUUUGGAGAUGAUUCCAGUAGUGAUGUCUGGUUUAACUUUCAAGCAGAUGAGUUGUAUCCAAUAGGCUGGUGUGCUAGUCAUGGGUAUCCUUUGCAACCACCCACUGGCAUUUCAAGUACAUUAGCUGAGUGGAAGUCAUUUCUUACAAGAACUUUAACUGGUGCAUUGGCUGCACCAAAUGAUUUAUUUAAAAAGGUAGAAAAUCGAAGAGCAUUAAAGUGUCAUUCUUAUUUAAUUGGGGAUAAAAUUGAAGUAAUUCAUCCAAAAAAAACUAGUGUUAUUGUUCCAGCUACUAUUACAAAAUCAUUAGGUCCUUACUAUUUUCUUGUAACAUGUGAUUCCAUGCCUGGAAUAUCUAGCUAUACAUUUUAUGGGUAUGCUGAUUGCCCUGGUAUAUUUCCAAAAGGUUGGUGUGAGUCAAAAGGUCUUGAACUUGUUAUUCCCCCAGAGGGAAAAGGUGAUGUACAUAUGUUAUUCAAACCUGACAUGAAUAUUGACCUUGGAGGCUUGAAGAAAAAUCGAAUGUGCUCGUUUAAACUUGGAGCAAAGUUAGAAGCACUUUAUGAUGAUUAUGUACGUGUUGCAACAGUUGCUGAGAUUUUUGGGGGAGUUGUACUACUUGCAUUUGAUGGAUCUUCAGAUGUCCACUUUAUUGACAAAAGAUGCACAAAUAUUUAUCCAAUCGGAUGGUCAGAAAAUACAGAUAGUGUACUUUUUACUCCACUUGGGCUAGUGACAUUUGUGAAGAUUAUGAAACCUGUUAAAGGAAAAGUUCAAUCUGCAUCAUUUGCAACUUUCAAAGACCUUUCUGAAUUAAAUUUAGCAAAGUCAUUUGAGCACAAACAACCUGUAGACUAUGUUGAUAAAACUUUGAUAACAAAGUCAGAUUCAAAAUCCCAUGAUUCUUCAAGUUUGUUGGCUUCCAAAAACAAUUUAAAUAUGGAAAAGUUUAUUCUUUGGCUGCUAAACAACUAUGAGUUUAGUGUAGGAAGUGAGGUCGUUGUUUCGCGUUUACUUGAAAAAUAUGCUCGUCAAUCUAAAGCUCCUUGUUUAAGUACAGGGAUUCCUGUAAUCUUAAAUUUGUUUCCGGGAACAACAUCAAUUACAAAGUUGUUCAAUAAGAAUUAUGUCCAAUGUAUCUUAAACAUGAAGGCUUCAAAAUUUGAAAAAAAAGGGUUUCCCAUUUAUGUCAAAGAUGCAGUGGAUUUUCUUCAAAAGUGUAAUGUUUCUUUUAAAAUGGGAACAGAUAAAGUUGUAUUUUAUAUGGGUGUAGGUGAUUCUUUUACACUUCCAGAGGACCAACAGUUGCUUUUUGUUGAAUCAAAAGCCAAAGCAAAUUCAAAUGUUCUUGUAGUAUCACAACAGAUUAAUGAUUCAACUUUGUCAAACUUUCUGUUUUACUUUGGUGACAAGCCAUGCUCGCCACCUUUUAAAGAGAUUAAUACUUUUGAAGAAUUUUGUGCAAUGAUAAAGUUAUGCACAAUGGCAAAGCCUUGUUCUGGAAUUAGUCAAAAAGAAGUAAAAUCAGAAUUUUCUUCACUGUUUGUCAAAAAUAAUCAAUCUGGCGUACUUUUUUCACGAACAUGUAAUUUAGUUGUCUACUCAAAUCAAGGGAGUGUAUGCUCUCAGUGUUCUUUAUGUGAAUUUAAAAUCAAUGAUUCACCCGAGUUAUCAUCACCAUCUCCAUCAGUAUUAAUUGAGGAUUGUUUCAAUUCAAAAGAUGAUGGUAGCCUUCCUUUACCAGACAUUCAAAUUUUUCUUAAUCAAUGGUGUUAUCAAGGGAGUCUUUUUGAUCCAGCAAAAAUAUCUAAAAUGAAGCCAAAGACACCUAAAGAGCGGCCUGCUGAAGUUCUAAAAUGUUUAAUUGAAAUUCUUAUAUCAGUUGCAAAUAGUAAAGAUCAAUUACUUGAAAUAAUAGAAGCUGGUUUUGGAACAAGAAUUUUUAAUAAAGCUAAAGAUAAAGUUGUCAAAAAGGGGUUAUUUCGAUUUAAUACAAAAAAAAAAAUCGAAAGGUUUUUAGUUCGCUUAACAAAGAAACUUGGUUCUUGUGAAAAUUUUCUGAGCCUUGAAGAUAGGGAUUGUAAUAAAGAUUGCCAAAAUACUUACUAUGGAGGUUUUGUAAAAAGGGAAAAAAAAGACUUUGUUCAAAUGAAGACAAAAUCAGAGUCAACUGAAACAAUUACAGAUAUUACUUGUCAAGGAACAAAUGGAUCAACUGUAAACAACAUUGCACAACUUGAUUGCUCAUCUCAGCCUUUUAAAAUGACAAACAAUAAGCAGUUAAUCAUACAACCGCAAACCUUUAAUCUUUCGCAAAUAUCUGAAAAUACAUCAUGUAAAGUUUCAAAAAGUCUCCCGAAUGACUCCCCCAUUUGUUAUGUAGUUUUAACUAAAGAAGAUAAUUUAGUAAAUCCUAUCCAAUCAAACUCUGUACCUUCUACUCCAUUGCUUUCAGUAUCAACUUUAAUACCUCCAAUCUCUUUGCAUGUGAAUGCUUCUUACCCGAAACAAAACAUGCUAUCAAGUACACCAAAAGUUACACAAAUGAUUGAAAAUAUCUCAAAAACAACACUUUUAAUGGAUAUUGAUGAGCCAUCGAGAUCUACCAUUAGUAAAAGUGAAGUGCCCAAUGAACUACCCAUGAUGAAGCAAAGCAAUAGUUCUGUAUCUCUACCAAAUUUGUCUGAUUUUCAACAUAGAGAAAGCUCUCCACAUUCUCACUUGUAUCAACAAAAUAACAUUUCUGAUAUGCUGCCACCAACUUACCAAGAUGUUGUUCAAAAUCACAACAGGAACCAGUAUGAGAACCAUCAGUAUGUAGAAAAUAUAUGUCAUACAAUGGAGCCUGCAGAAAAACAAAUGCAUGUUCAUAAAAUGCAUCAUGGAAAUGCAAGAGUAAAGUAUGUUUUGCCAGCUCAAGAUCGUGAUAUUCAUGAUGGUAAACAAUUCAUUUCAUCGCAUUACAUUGAUGGACUUGAUAAAAUGUUUCAAGGUCAAGUACACUAUCCUACCCAACGUACAGUUUCACCAUCUAGUGGAAAUAUUUGUAGCCCAUUGCACAGUCCUCCUGCUUUACGACCACCCCCAUCUUUACAUACACGUUCAUUGCCUUUGCACAGUCCUCCAACAUUGUUAGCUUCACCUGAUGUUCGCCCCAUGUUUGAUUUCAUAUCUAGCUCUAAUAGUACUCCAAAUUAUCAAAAUAUUCGCACUUUAACAUAUAUGCAACCAGAAAAAACAUACUCUAUUGCCCAUACAAAUGUUCAUAUGCCAAAGCUACCUCCAAGUUUUGAGAACUGUCAGCAAAGAACUCAAAAUCAUCCAAAACCGAUAAAGUUUCAUCAUAUUGAAAGGCCACAAGCACAAAAAUUACAAUAUAAUGGAAAUUUGCAUCUACAACCAAUGCAUCAACAACAUCAACCAAAUCAUGUAGAGAAGCAAAGAAUUUCACCAAUUAAAUCUAAAUCAUUUAUCUCAUCAGAUAAAAAGAAUUCAGUUGCUUACAUACCAAUACAAGCAUCAAGUAAAGAAAAUUUUGUUUAUGUUCCUGUUAACUCAGUUAAUGACGUACAACCUGUAGUACUUUACCAAAAUAACCAAAACAAAACUGAUCAAGGCAGACAAAUCAUUAUUCCAUUACACAGUAAAGAUGAUGGUAGAACUUUAAAAGAUAAAAUCAAGACACCCUUCACCAAGACACCCUUCACAACAGUUUGCAUCCAAGGGAUUCACCAGGCAAAUUAUAUAGCAAAAUCUUAUUCCAAAUCAGUUAAGAACAAUACUACAAUUAGCAAUACCCCUAUUAAAAUUUCCCUGUCCUCUGAUAUAAAAUUAGAAAAUGUUACAAAAACAGAAUUGAGUAACUUAUCAGAAACAAAAAAGACAGUUUCUUGUGUAGAAAACAUUGAAUCCGAACCAAGUUACAAAAAACUUAAUGAUUUGCCACAAAAUGUGUCAGAAGCAUUAGUGGAAACCAAUAGCAACUCUUCACGCUUUAAGUCAGAAGAAAAUCACAAAAAGAAAAAAAAACGUGGACGACCUCCAUCCGCUAUUAAAACGAAUGAUGAUAGUUCCAUUAUUUCAAAUCUGCCAAUACCAUGUGCUUCUCCAUUAACUUUGCAAGAUUCCAACAAUGUCUCAAAUCAUUUAUUAAUGGAAACAUUUAAAAAGCAGCAGGAUAGAAAUAAUCGAAUCAAAUUUUUGAUUGAUCCUAUUUCAAAAGUACCUGACCUGCCAAAUAACCCAGAGUUGUGGUCACCAUCUGAUGUGAAAAAGUUUUUGUUGGCUACAGAUUGCAAUGCUCAUGCUGAAGUUUUAUUCAAAGAGGAGGUUGACGGUCGUUCAUUCCUUCUUAUAACUCAAGAAGCCCUUGUAGAAUUUAUGGGUAUGCGGCUUGGACCAGCUCUAAAAAUUGCUAGUUAUGCUGCUCAACUUCGUGCACAAUUAAGGGUUCAAAAUAUAAAUCUAGCAGAUGGUCGUAAUUCACCUUCUCAUAUUUCUAAAAUAAAAAAAGCACGUUUGAAUGACACUAUCUCAAAGUUACAGGAAAAAAAAAUAUCUAAAGAAAGUUCUUCAAAAACGUUUGAUUCAGCUCAAGUAUACUAUGAUAAAAUAGAGACAUCUGCUGUUGAAGAUGAUUCGGAAAGUGAUAAAUUAGAUAGUUACUCAUCAUACAAAAAUACUGUUUCAGAUAAUGUGUGCGACAAUAAUAUAAAAGAAAACUCCUGCGAAAAAUCUAUCAAGUUUUCAACAAAUGCAUCUGAAAACAAAAAAAACAAUUCUUCACCAUCUGAGAGUAGAAAUAAAACUUAUGUAACAGAUAUUAAAAAUAGUUUGUAUUCUGGGAAUCUGUCUUAUCCUAGUAAAUGCAAUGAAAAUGUGACUGACAAUAUAGAUAGAGAUAAAAAAAUGAUGGACUUAGAUGUACCAUGUGAGCAUAUUAACUCGAAUAAUUACCAAGACUCUGGAUUUCCAUGCAUAAAAAAAUUGCCUCAGGAACAAUUUCAGCUGAGUGAACCAUUUAUAUCUUCUCAAAGUUUUUCAUAAUUGUAACAUAAUUCCUUUUUCAUAGAGAUAUAAGAUUAUAGCUAAUUCCUAAAAUAAAUAUUUCUUGGUUUGACUUGCUCAACAUAUAUUUUGCUAUGAUAACUGUCCAAUAUUUCGCUAAGAAUGAUGUAGUUUGAAUGUAAGAUUUAUGAUUUUGUUGAAUUUGAGGCUAUGAAAUAUAUUUCUUUUUAAUUUUAAAA